CUUCUGCGCGUCGGUGGAUCUGAUGAAGCUUUGUUGGGUGUUCCUCUUUAAUGCUGCGGCAUCUCUCUGGCUGUCUGCGGGCCUGUGGAGGAGGGCGGGCCGUAAACGCUGGGCAGAUCUGUGGACUGUAAACUAACUGAUGCGACGUGAGCCGAGCGUGGAUGAUUUGAGCACGCAGCUCACCUAACGGCAUUCGCAUUUAUUGAGUUAUGGUUGUAUGCGAAGUGGAAGUUGAGCAGAAGCCGAGUCUGCUGUCGGAAAAGUGACCUCGGAUAAACCCUCGGAGGCUUGGCCGACUUUGGACAUUUUCUGCAGAGGUUUUUUUGCGCAGCGCGGAAACUCCAGCACAGCGUGAAGGGGAUGAUCUCCUAACCGACCGAUAAAACACGCCACUAAGUAAAUUAACGCAGGGCCCCUUUGUAGCGGUGCAAGAUGAUGUCACUGAUAGAUCUGGACGAUGAUCAGAGAUGGGUGCCCACUCAUGUGAAUGUCACCGUCCUCCGCGCAAAGGGACUGCGAACCAAGGGCAAGCAUGGCAGCCGCUACCUCUACACCAUCAUCCAGGUGGGGAAGGAGAAGUACACCACCGGCCUCGUGGAGAAGGCGGAGGUGCCCGUGUGGAACGAGGAGUGCUGCUUCGAGCUGCUUCCCGGGAUCCUCGAGGACGGCGGCCGGAGCGCCUACCCCCCGGGGAGCGGGGACCUGGUCCUCACGGUCAUGCACCGAGUGCUCAUCGGACUGGAUGUGUUUCUCGGUCAAACCAUUAUACCUCUCGAUAAGAUAUUUCAUGAUGGAGUGUGUCCACGAGAUGAAUGGUUCAAGCUCAACUCGAAGGCAGGAAGAAAGGAGAAGGAACGUGGUCAGCUCCAGAUAACAGUCCAGUUCACCCGCAACAACAUGACAGCCAGCAUGUUCGACCUCACCAUGAAGGACAAACCUCGCUCUGCGUUCGGAAAGCUCAAGGAUCGUGUCACAGGGAGGAAGAGGGGGGACGUGGAGUCUUCAUCGGCCAUCGUGCCGGGCCGUUACGCCGCCCUUUCGGGAUCCCUGGGGCAGCCAUUUGGAGAACAGAGCGUAGGGGUGGUGGAAUCGCGUGAUGUGGAGGUAGCAGAGGAGAAGAGGAGCAAGAUGAAGGAUUUCUUCAAAGGCAAGCUGCGGAAGUCGUCGGACACCAGGUCGUGUUCGUCUCUGGCUUCAGAGAGCAGUUUGUCUUCCAUGGCCAGUGAUAACCUCGGCCCUCCACCCAGUCUGGAUCUGCUGUCAGACCCUCCCAGUUCCCCCAUCUUGCUCACCAGUCAGCACACCACAAAAGUUCUCACUCACAAGCGCGCCUUCAGCGAUGAAGCUAGCAAGAUCACAACGGCCUUCCCUCGAGCCAAUCCUGCAGUCGAGUCACUCAAGGGACAGACCAUGACUCAGUCCCAGUCAUCCUUGUGUAUAAAUGGAAGCCAUGUCUAUGACUCUGAGCCAUCGACCCCAAAGAGCUCUGGAGCGCUCUCGUCCAAACUGGUUCUGCUGGAAAAAUGCUCGCCGCUCUCUCGCUCGCUGCAGAAUCUCACCAAAAGAAGUGAGGACAAAGCUUCCUUUGCAGAGGGCCGACGCUGGUCCUUUGACAAACUGAAGAAAGAGGAAAAAGAGGAAGAAAAGGAUGCUCAGGCAUCGUCUACUUCUAUUCAAGAAGCUCAGAUAGGGGGUUGCCCUGUGCAGGCAGCCGUGCCGACGGUCUCCUCAGCAGCUGAAUCAGCUGACAAAGGAAAGAAGCCGAGAAAGACGUUCUUUUCUGGAGGGAGGAGUGACUCUCUCCCAUCUAAGUCAGAACUCAGCCAUGCUGGAUCAGAGGGGAGGCUCAGAGGCUGGUUUGGCUCGAGUGAAUCCCAGAACAAACCAAGGCUGGAAGUUUCUCCUAAGGUAGAGCGCAGCUCAGAUGUACCCCCUCCCCUCCCUCCUCGUUCCCCUGUUCCUCCUCAGUGCUCCUCCCCCUCCGCCUCUCUCUCCGGUCAUGUCUCACCCGAUGACUGCAGUCACAUCAAUGUCUUCACCCCUUCUUCCUCUCCCUCCUCAACCCCCAUCUCCCCUUCCAAUCCUUUCCUCCUACGUAUGCAGCGCAAUCCCUUUUUUGAGGAGCUCAUAGCAGGAGAGUUGCAGAAGUCUCCUCCUUUUGAACCUUGCUCCUCUGCUGGCUCCUCCCCCUUUCAUUACACCACUCUACCUGCCCAGCCCCACACACCCACUGUUCCUCGUGAAGUUAGCGCCACAAAUAUAGCUUCCAUAAAGCGGGAGCGCCCAAGGGCAGUAGCUAGGCAGAUAUCGCUUCCUGCAUUAUCGCCCAAAGUGGCCUCACCAACUUCUCCCAAUCACUCCGCCCCUUGCUCCAGGUCAGAGAGUACAGGAGAAUGGGAUGACUCGUUUGAUGCCUUUGCCUCUAGCAGGCUCAAUUCCCCAAACGUUUGUCCUCCCCAAAAAAAGCUGACGACCUGCCCGUCAUCUCGUAAACGUAGUUAUCCCCUGGCCACUAACAGUAACUAUGCACAAGAACUGCGAACAUGUAACGAGGAGCCUCCACCUUUGCCUCCGAGGAGACUUUUAAGAACAUCAGUGAAUGAGAUUUAUUCUGACGGCUGGCUGCACAGAGGUCAGGAGCUAGCUGUGCAUAAAGAAGCCUACCUCCUCUCUCAGACCGGUGUGGCCUCACUACAGCGUGGACGAGAAGGAGAAUGUAAAAGAAACAACAUAUCUCCUGACCCGCACACAAGCAGCGAGACCAGCGAGACCAGCGAGUCCCUCGGCCUGUCCCAGUCGCACACCAACGUUACUUCUCCGGGGCUUACGCCAGAAGACAAGCUCAAAAAGUUCAAAUAUGAACCUCUGGAAGACGACGCUGAUUGCUGGGGAGGGAUGUUGUUCGAGCAAGACUUGUACGGACGUGUGUGUAGAAGAAAUUAUGGACAAUGCAAAGUAAACAGUCAUCGUUUAUCGCUGAACGCCGAGGAAACUGCUGGAAUUAAGAUCACGUCUAAGAGCUCAGGGCCUAAAAUGCUUCUUGAGAGCGAGAUAUCUGUUGCAGACCUUUUGAAAAUGUCGCCCACUUCUCUCUCACAUGUAGAUGCCAAGGCGCUGGGUAUUUCUCCCACUCCAGGAGACAUACUGGAAACGAACCUAGUAGAAAGUCCCUGCACCAACAAUAACAUCUCUUUCUCGCUCACUUUAGGAGAUCUGAACAUGAAUGUGAAUAAUACAGACUUUGGUUUUAUUGAUUCUGAUGGGUCUUCACACUCGGAGGUUGGCGAUAAAAGUGGGACUUUACAGCAACCGCCUGAAAGUUCACAGGUGGCCGUGCACCAUUCGGAAACCAAACCUGAGGAAAUAUUUACUUUGAAGGACACUUACAUCCCCGAGAUGAAUUCUUCAUUUGAAAUAUCUUCCAAUAAGCUGUGCAAAGUAGCUCCAGUCAGCCAAGACAAUUGCCGUGAUUAUCGAAAUGAACUGAACAACGUAGCGCCGCUCGGUCUAGCGCCAAACUCCAGAAACCCUUGUGAGGCAAAGAUUGGGCAAUCUUUGCAUGAACCCCCUUUUUCUCCCUCCAUCUUGUCUGCACUCUCCCUGUCAGCUGAUGCACCCGUCUGCUGUCCGUCCGUACAUCCCUCAAGCACGGGGCCAAGUGCUGGAGCCAGCACCACGCUGGCCGUGGCCCCCUACACCUCCUCCUACUCCACCACCUUCACCACUGACCAGCCCCUGGUCGCUGCACGGCACUCACUUUUGCCUGAGGAGACACAGACAGCUAGCAGCCUGCCCCGUCAGGAGAGCAGGCCUCACCCAGUGAAGCCAAUAACCUCUAGCCAAUCAGAGAAGAAGGAGGGUCGUUCAGUUCUGGAGAAGCUCAAGCAGGAGGUGAUGGUGGACAGGUCAGCCCAGUACCAGCACCUGACUAACAUGGAGCUGAUCACCUUGCUGCUGCAGCAGGAGAUGGACAUGCAGAAGCAGCAAGGAGCCUCGGAGCAGCAGGAGGCGCAGCUGGAGAAAUGUGAGGCCGAGCUGAAGAAGGUCAAGUCACAGGUUCGAGACCUGGAGGACUACAUUGAUAAUCUGUUACUGCGGAUCAUGGAGCAGACGCCAACGCUGCUCCAAGUGCGUGCUAGGCACAAGUGAGGACAGUGCUAGUGUGUGAUUGGUGUGUUUCAGGCCUCUAGGAUGUUGCAUUAUUGAAAGUUGUUAUUUAUGGAUGAGAGUACGUAACUGUUCUGGAGGCAGAUCUCCACCAAAUCCGAUCUCACAAACAUCCAGGUCUUCUCACUGCUAAUACUGCCCUGUUGAUGUAGACACGAUAUUACCCAACAUGCAUGCUGGUUACUAUCCCAAUUUGGUACAAACAGAAAGCAGACAAAGCAGAAAAAAAGCUUUUAUCAAAGCAGAAGCAAAAAAUUAUUUUACUCAUGCUUAUGCAUUAAUGUAGUCAGCUGUUGUCAAUUUAAUCUUAAACUCACUGCUUUCACAUGUGCUUAAAAUAAAAUAAAAAAAUAGGAUACAGAAAAAAAAUUCUGGAAAUGUUUUUGAUGUGCUCUGGUCAAAUAUGAUGUUAGCUUAAGAAACACUUUAAAAAUGUAGGAUUUACAGCCAAUUAAAUUUUGACACAAGGCUGUUUUAUCAGUCCCGUGAAAAAAUGCAUCCACAGAGGUGAACUUGAGCUAACACCAUAUUUUUAGAUUGUAUUUAAGAAUAAAGGUUGUAGCAACACAUAAACUGCUGCUUUGCAAAGUGGAUUAUAUUAAAAAAAAAAAAUGACUGUUUCUGCAUUAACAUUGCUGUAUGAUGACCAAAAGAACAACAUUUAUGUUUGUGUCAGAAAAGACUGAAGAGGAUAAAGACUUACAGUUUGCAUUUGCAAUAAAAUACUCUGUUUCUUCAGUGCUCUCCCCUC